AGCGGAUGUUGUCUUCUGAGCGCAGAGGCUUGUGGGUAAUGUAAGGUGCAGGCACGCCGGAGACUGGUGGUGAAAAAAUAGCUUCCGCAGUUCCGUCAGCUGGCGAGGGGUAAAUGUUUUGUAAGUGUACACUGUUAGCAUGUUGAACAUUUGUUUCUGUCUUGUCCCGCAAGAGUAAAGAAGGUAACUACGCCAGCGCUGCUCGUCCAGUCCUCAGAUAAAAGGCACAACAUGAGUCUGAACGAGCAUUCACUGCAAGCACUGUCCUGGAGAAAGCUGUACUUGAGUCGAGCUAAACUGAAGGCUUCUAGUCGGACAUCAGCUCUGCUAUCUGGAUUUGCAAUGGUGGCUAUGGUAGAGGUGCAGCUGGACAACAGCUACCCUUAUCCCCCUGCUCUCCUCAUUGCCUUCAGUGCCUGCACCACUGUCCUUGUGGCUGUUCACCUGUUCGCUCUGAUGGUCAGCACCUGCAUUUUGCCCAAUAUAGAGGCCGUCAGCAACGUCCACAACCUCAACUCUGUGAAGGAGUCUCCACAUGAGCGAAUGCACCGACACAUUGAACUGGCGUGGGCUUUUUCCACAGUUAUUGGUACUUUGCUCUUUCUAGCCGAGGUGGUUCUACUCUGCUGGGUCAAAUUUUUGCCUGUUAAGCCCAACAAGUCCAGCAAUAAUACGGUGUCAUCUGGCGUGGCUGCUGCCAUUACAUCCACCUCUAUCAUGGUCCCCUUUGGUUUAGUCUUCAUAGUCUUUGCUGUGCAUUUCUACCGCUCCCUCGUCAGCCACAAGACUGACAGACAGUUUCAGGAGCUGGAGGAGCUAUCCAACCUCACCAGGCUUCAGAAUGAGCUGGACAACAGAGGGGAAUCUUCCAUCUUGCAGUCUCCAAGUUCACAUUUCCCAUAGACAAGUAUGGUGGAUACAAAUCUAUGGUUGAACUCUGACUACUUUGGAUUUCUCCAAGCCAGAAGCCACAUUAUUGGCCUCUGAUUUUUUACAGGAAUGAAGAUAUAUAUCUCACCUCUUUGUUGUGAAAUUUACUUUUGUGGAAAGAGUUGUAUUUUUAGAAGACAUGUUUGAUCAACUGUGAACUCGCAAACCUGCCAUAAUGCAUGUAACUUGAAAUUGGAAAGUCUUAAAUGUGGUAGUUGCUUGAUUUAUCUCUUACAUUAUGGCAGAGACAUCUGAACAAUAACUUGGAAUCCUGUCUGUUGCCUGCUGCAUUUAUUUAUCCGUUUGUCAGUGAACACUGGAUUUGUUAAUAUAUUACCUUUGUUGUGUUUUGUGAAUCACAAGUAUUUAACCCUUUCCUCCCUGUUCACUGUGUACAUGAUUUAUUGUAAUGUCCACCAUUUGCAUUUGUAACGCCUGUUAAUUGUCAAGACUGAAUCAACAGCUGCCAAAACUACAGUAUUAUUUGAGUACACUUGCUGACAUGUGUAGCACAGGCUGUGGCGCUAUAAUAAACACUUUUUUUACCAA